AUGGCGGUGCAACAAACACAAAAACAAUCAACAGUCGGGGAACGGUACACCGACGACAAACUGAAACACGACAUUCGCAUUUCAAACAUGACGGCGGCGAAGAAGCUCGCGGAUGCGAUACGAACGUCCUUAGGGCCGAGAGGUAUGGAUAAGAUGAUGGUCUCGGAGAAAAACGACGUGACGAUUACCAACGAUGGGGCGACUAUUUUGUCCAAGAUGAAAGCCACGCAUCCGGCGGCGAAGAUGUUGGUGGAACUGUCGAAAUCCCAAGACAUCGUCGCCGGAGACGGGACGACGUCUGUGGCGGUGUUGUGUGGAGCGUUGUUGAAUAAAUGCAUCGCUUUACUCGCGAGAGGCGUGCAUCCGACGAUUAUUUCGGAUUCGUUGGCGUUGGCGUGCGACGAGGCGUGCAAGUUGACGGAAACGUUUGCGAUUCCGGUCAACAUCAACGACCGAGAACAGUUGAUAAACGCGGCGACGACGAGUUUAGGGAGUAAAGUCGUCGCGCAGUAUUCGGACGUGUUGGCACCGAUCGCGGUGGAUUGUGUGAGUAGGAUUUUGGACGAUAAGAGACCGGAUUUAGUGGAUUUGAGAGACGUGAGGUGCGUGAGAAAGCAAGGCGGGACGAUCGACGAUACCGAGUUGACGGAAGGCAUCGUGUUUGACCAGAAAACGGCCAAAGGCUCCGGGUCGGGGAUUCAUACCGUAGAGGACGCGAAAAUAGCGUUGAUUCAGUUUUGUAUCAGUCCACCAAAAACGGACAUGGAGAAUAACGUGAUUGUGAGCGAUUACACGCAAAUGGACAGGAUUUUAAAAGAGGAGAGGAAUUACGUCAUCGGUUUGAUCAAGAAAAUCAAAGCGACUGGGUGCAACGUUUUGUUGAUUCAAAAAUCAAUCUUGAGAGACGCGGUGACCGAGUUGGGGAUGCAUUAUUUACAAAAAGCGAAGAUUAUGGUCAUUAAAGACGUGGAGAGAGACGAGAUUGAGUUUAUCGCGAAGACGUUGAAGUUGCAACCGGUGGCGCAUCCGGAGCAAUUGACGCCGGAAAAGUUGGGAAGAGCCAAGUUGGCGAAGGAAGUCGUGUGCGGUAAAUCGAAGGUGGUGAAAGUGACUGGAAUUGAAAACAUGGGGAAAACGGUUUCAGUCAUCGUUCGAGGCUCAAAUCAGUUGGUUUUAGACGAAGCAGAUCGAUCGUUACACGACGCUUUGUGCGUCAUCAGAUGUUUGGCGCACAAGCAGUUUUUAAUCACCGGCGGAGGGUCGGCGGAGAUUGAGUUAUCGGUGAGAUUAGGACAGUGGGCGCGAACGUUAUCUGGGAUGGAAUCGGUCUGCGUGAAAGCGUUCGCGGAAGCGUUGGAGGUUAUUCCGUACACUUUAGCUGAAAAUGCCGGGUUGAAUCCGAUUGAAAUCGUCACGGAGUUGAGAAACAAACACGCCAUGUUGGGCAACGUCCACGAAGGCAUCAACGUGAAGAAAGGGACGGUGAGCGACAUGAGAAAGGAGAACGUUUUGCAGCCGCUUUUAGUAACGACUUCGGCUUUGAGCUUGGCCACAGAGUGCGCGAGAAUGAUUUUGAAGAUUGAUGAUAUCUGUCCGGUUCGAUAA